CAGAAACAAACAACUGUCAUCUGUCGCGUUCAUUACUUGCACAUUUGCGAAAAGUUGAUUUCUGCUGUGUUGUGUUUCAAGCUAAAUACAAAGGAAAGAAGAUAAUUCAUUAAACUUUAGAAUAAAUUUUAUAAUAACACACAAAUAAGAAACAUGGAUCGUUUAUUGCGUUUGGGUGGUGCUAUGCCGCAAGCUGCUCCACCAACUGAUGCUCCCGUUGUGGAUACUGCCGAACAAGUAUAUAUUUCCUCAUUGGCCUUGUUGAAAAUGUUAAAGCACGGUCGUGCUGGUGUACCCAUGGAAGUUAUGGGUCUGAUGUUGGGUGAAUUUGUUGACGACUACACUGUGCAGGUCAUUGAUGUCUUUGCUAUGCCACAGACGGGUACCGGUGUUUCUGUGGAGGCCGUCGAUCCUGUGUUCCAGGCGAAAAUGUUGGAUAUGUUGAAACAAACUGGUCGCCCCGAAAUGGUUGUUGGUUGGUAUCACUCACAUCCUGGUUUCGGAUGUUGGUUAUCCGGUGUCGAUAUCAAUACACAACAGUCAUUCGAGGCAUUGUCCGAAAGAGCUGUGGCCGUUGUCGUCGAUCCCAUACAAUCGGUUAAGGGUAAAGUUGUUAUCGAUGCCUUCCGUCUUAUCAAUCCCAAUAUGUUGGUUUUGGGCCAGGAGCCAAGACAGACCACCUCAAAUUUGGGCCAUUUACAAAAACCCUCCGUACAAGCACUGAUACAUGGUCUCAAUCGCCAUUACUAUUCGAUCAGCAUUAAUUAUCGCAAAAAUGAACUGGAACAGAAAAUGUUGCUAAAUCUUCACAAGAAAUCCUGGAAGGAUGGUCUAACAUUGGAGGAUUACAAUGAUCAUAGUUCGAUUAAUGAGAGUACAGUACAAGAAAUGUUAGAAUUAGCCAAAAAUUAUAACAAGUCUCUGGAAGAUGAAGAAAAAAUGACCCCCGAACAAUUGGCCAUUAAGAAUGUCGGCAAACAAGAUCCCAAACGUCAUUUGGAGGAAAAGGUCGACAAGGUGAUGCAAAACAAUAUCGUUCAGUGUCUGGGUGCUAUGUUGGACACCAUUGUCUUUAAAUGAAUCCCUGAAAAGGGGAAAGCUUAGCAUUUAAAUAACUCACACGCAUCAAGUCAUUGCGACUUUCUGCCCCCAUAUAUUUUUCUCUCUUUGCUGUAAUAUUCUUUACAUGUUAACCAUCGUGAAAGCAUUAAAAUGAAACAACCCGAAGAAACAAAAACAAACGAAACAUAACUUUGAGAAUAUUAUUUAUCAAUAAAAUAUUUUCUAAAAGAUA